UGGCUGCUUAAAAAGCAAUGGACGAAGCUCUCAGGAAAAAUACUGCGGAGAAGCUUUGCUGACGAUUAACAUAUACAACAUGAUAAGCUAGUCUGCUCGUCGGAGGAUUGUUUACAAACACGCUGCUGCACGUUUAACGGUGAUAAAGUAUGGCAGAUGGAAACCAGACAGUUGUGUACUUGUCUGAGCAGGUGGUCGUGUUGUGUUCAUGUGCGCUGUCGUUUCUGGGCUCUUCGCUGAUCAUCCUCACCUAUAUUGUCUGGUCAGACUUGAGGACAACUCCGCGGAGGCUGCUGGUGUUCCUCUCGGUGUCUGACUUGCUGUCCGCCGUGUCCUACGCCUUCGGGGUCUGGAGAGUUUUCCACACCGACUCGCUGGACUGUGUCGUCCAGGGAGCCAUAUCCACUUUCGCCAACACCAGCUCUUUCUUCUGGACCGUGGCCAUUGCUGUUUACCUGUAUAUUUUUAUCGUGAGGUCAAGCCAAAGGGUCGCUGACAGCUUGGUGUGUGUGUUCCACCUUGUCAGCUGGGGGGUUCCUCUGGCCAUCACUGUUGCAGCCGUGUGCCUGAACAAGAUUGGCUACAAUGCGUCAGAAGUGUCAGUGGGCUGGUGCUGGGUCAGGAUCAAUGCUCCUGACCGGGUCCUGUGGAUGCUGCUGACUGGGAAGAUCUGGGAGUUCCUGGCGUACCUCACGCUGCCGGUCCUCUACAUCCUGAUCAAAAGGCACAUUCAUAUCGCGCAUGCUGCCCUGUCUGAGUACCGUCCCAUCCUGGCCAACAGGCCUCCGUCCCACUCUUUCUCCUCCAUGGCGGAUAUGAAGCUCACACUCAUUCCAAUCAUCUUCAUCGUCCUGCGCAUUUGGAGCACGGUGCGCUUCAUCCUGCUGCUCGCCGGCUCCACAGCAAGACAGCACCCAGUGCUGGUCACUUUACAUGGAAUUGGCAACACCUCUCAAGGGGCAGCCAACUGCAUCAUGUUUGUAUUACUUACUCGGCCAAUCCGCACACGCCUCUGCGCCUCGCUCUGCUGCUGCUCCAAGUGUCGAGCAGACGAGCAGCACCACAACGUCCCUCACAGGCUGCUGCCGGGACAGGACACCGUCACACAGAGAGAGGAAGACAGCGCCAGUCAAGCCCAGACUGAUAGGUGAUAUUCAAUUGAUGAGACUCAGGGGACUCGUGGGAGGUGGCAGCCUCACGCUAAGCCUCAUUACAACGCUGCAGGUACAUGCACAUCUGUGUCACAGGAAAAGUCACGCUUGCAAUGUGGGUGAUGAGGACGAUGCUGCCUGUCUGUGUAUGAGUGUUACAUACUGAAAAUGUUGCACAUGAAUAUUGUAGUUUACAUUCAGUCAUGGAAAAAAUUAUUAGACCACUUUUUCUUCAAUUUCUUGUUCAUUUUAAUGACUGGUACAACUAAAGGUAAAUUUGUUUGGAC